GACAGUGAGGACAGCGAAGAAGAAGACAGGUCUGAGUGGGUCAGAAAGCAGCCAAAAGUUACCAAAGUUAGGUGGAGCAACUACGAGGCCUUCAUGAAUCGUUUCUCUCGUGAUGAAGGAUUCGAUAUCAUAGAAGUUCUUGCGGGACACGCAGAUGCGAUGAGCAAGGAAAUAUCCCAAGAAAACGCAAGGCGCCGCCGCAAAAAGCAGACUCCAUCACUGCUCAGGCACCCAGACGGCAAUGAAUACAAGUUCAUUCAUCAAGUGAGGAUCCAGUCACCAGCCAUCCUCCAUAUCCUGAGUCGUUUGACGGCUCAAGAUGACUGGAGCAUCGACGAGCCAGUUACUUUUUUGCGACCCUUCCAGACCCUCUACUACUCCUUUCCGCUUGCGAAGCAGUCUCUAGAAGUUCUCAAACGUCGAGCCAACACGCCUCAGACUCUUGACCCAGACACACCUAGUACAAUAGGCCCGUUGCCGAGUAGAACGACAGCCUCGGCUCAAAAAGACGAAAGUGAAGAUCCCUUACACAGGCUGUGCAUGCCAUCCGACGUGGAUCUAGAGGACAUCGUCUUUGGCCUCCCUGAUUUGCACUCCGGCGUGGAGCACAUGCAACUCUAUAUAGACUUUGUGGAGAAACAUGUCGUCCCUAUGUGGACCGAGGCCGCCGGAACAACCAGACAAAAAGUGCGGUUCUCGGACUUGCCCAUGUAUUUCAGGCCUGGAGACAUCCUAUACGAGCCGCAGGAGACCAACGAGGACAAAGACAAGGCUGGCAAGGCUGGUUCCUACCAUUCUACGACCGGCGGGCUGGCUGUUUUCCAGAGUUACUGGAAGUUAUGUGAUGCAUACAUGGAAGAGAUGGAAUUAGAUCCACCAAAGGACAAUGCCCCCGGUGUCACGCGGCUGGCAUUUUCUCUGGAUCAUUUUCACAUCGAUUUCGACGGUGAAAAGUACGGACCCAUUCCUGCGGUAGUAAACAUAUACGAGUACGAAGGGGAAAAGGACAUUCGAACCUUGACAAUGUACCCAUUACGAUUCAGAGACGACGAAGCCGACAUCCGCAGUAAGCUCACGACGCGGGCUGAGAAUUUCCUCUUCUUUGUGCAACAAAAGCACCUGUAUUACGACGGAUGGACGUUGAUCCAUAGCACCUAUCCAUCAGGCAAGCAUGGAAUCAAGUCUUCAGAUUCUGAAAAGGUCCGGGAGGACCAGGUAGUGGAGCAUGUCGAGGGUGAAAUUAUGGUUGACUUCAAAGAGGGCUUCCAGUCCGGCGCCGAAUUCGUCAAGCCCCAAUUGGCCCUACCAGCGGAUUUCGAAGGCAAUGCUUCGUCGCCGAACGUCAUGCCUACCAUCAUUUGGUGGUCUGAUAGAACACGCUCGAAAAUGCAGGGAUACAUAAGGGCGACGAUAGAGACGGUCGGGCGUUUUAGUAUUCUGCAGUCCCAUCGCAUGGUGCAGAAAGACAGAGUCUUAAAGGUCUUUGAGGAAACUGAGAGGGUUUUCGACUUUGAUUCGGACCACAAGCUUCUUUUCCCUCAGCGCCUGAUCGCAUAUUCCUUUCGAGCCCGCAAAUUCUUCGUCGCCAACGUUGACUCUAUAAGCGUCAUUUCUACUCCCAAGAACUCUUUCAGGGAUUUGAAAGUCGACAUCGAACACAAACGUAUCCUGGAGUCCCUCGUGGGAAGCCAUUUCCAAAAGCAGGAUACUCGUCGACAGAAUAAAGACGCCGUUCUGGAUCAGGAUUUCAUCCGCGGCAAAGGUUCCGGUCUUGUGAUUCUUCUCCACGGAGUGCCUGGUGUGGGAAAGACUACCACCGCCGAGGCUGUGGCUCUGACCAAUCGCAAGCCGCUCUUCGCGCUUACAUCUGGGGAUUUGGGUUCGACGCCGAAGGACGUCGAGAAAGCACUUCGGGAAACAUUCCGUCUUGCUACGCUAUGGGACUGUGUUUUGCUGUUGGAUGAGGCUGAUCUGUUCCUCGCCAAGAGGGACGUUGGAGACUUGGUGCGAAACUCCCUGGUGUCUGUGUUCCUUCGGGUGCUCGACUACUACGACGGCGUCCUGUUCCUGACAACGAACCGAGUGGGGACUGUCGAUGAAGCAUUUCGGUCGAGAAUUCACCUCACACUGUAUUAUCCUCCUCUCAAAAGAAAGCAGACUAUGGAGAUAUUCAAACUCAAUAUUCAAAGGGUCAAGGAGAUUGAAAAUUCCAGGGCAGAGCUUCACAAGCGUCAAGGGGAAGACAACUCGAACUUCGUACCCAUCGAGAUCGACGAGAACAGUAUACUUGACUUCGCGAUACAACAUUGGGAAGAAACGCGCGUGCGACGUGACCGACGAUGGAACGGCAGGCAAAUCCGCAACGCCUUCCAAGUAGCAUACUCUUUGGAAAACGCUCCAGACUACCUAUCGCCUCGCUCCAAAGGAAAAGAUAUAGAGAUAACAGCAGCAGCCUCGCCCAGCCAGGACAAGAACAAAGGCAAACUCGAUAGUUACCAGUUCAAGAUCGUCGCACGGUCCAUCCGACGCUUUGAUGACUACCUCGAGUUCACACGCGGACGA